GAACCGUGCAUUACUGCAUUGUGGUAAGUAGUAGUACUUGAUCAGUGUUGGAAAAGGCAAUUGCAAUUGCAAAGCUGGAAAGGAAAAAGCUCUCUUUCUCUCUGCACCACUCCGUGCCACUGCCCUUUCCAGUUUCUGUCUUUCAAUAAUCUCUUCUCUUUUCUUUCUUUUAUUACUACUCUUAUUACUCUUCCACAACCACAUUCAAUAUUUCAAAUGACACUAACAAAAGACACAGAAAAAGAUUAGAACAAAGAAUAUUUAAUCUCUACUCCACCCACUGUGCCACCACACCAUGGAUGAUUCUUCUCUUCCCUUCUUCCUCCUCCUUCUUCAAUUCUCUUCUUUCUACUCACACUCACGCCAUCCUUACUCUCACUAACACUCAUACCAAUAAACAAACCACUUUCCAUUUUUAUAUUAAUUCUCCCCCCAAAUCCAUAAAAGGAAACAAACAACAAAACAAACCCUUAAAUCAUUUCCUAUUAUAUUCGUUCUAUUCCCUUAUAUACUUCACCGUUUCAAUUUCUUCAGGAGGAGUAAGAGGGGGUUUUUUCUUUUUCAAUUUCAACCUUUGCGGUGGCGAAUUUAUUUUUUAAUAAACAAAGAAAAAAAAAUGUUGUGGAUUAUGAAAUUUUCACAGAUUUUCUCCGCCGCAAUGUUGGUAAUCAUUCUCUCCCCCUCUCUCCAAUCUUCAUACUACCCUGCAGAAGCAAUUCGAUCUUCUUAUUCAUAUCUUCAAAUCCCUAACGAUUACCGAUUUUCUUUUCGUAAAUCACCUUCUUUCCACAAUGCCGAAGAAUGCGAUUCGAUUUCAACAGAUAUCAGUGUAUGCGAUCCUAGUUUGGUUCAUGUUGCUAUAACCCUAGAUAUUGAUUAUCUUCGUGGUUCAAUCGCAGCCGUUCAUUCCAUUCUACGACAUGCCUUUUGUCCUCAGAGUAUUUUCUUUCAUUUUCUUGUUACUGAUACCAAUCUUGAAGAUUUGGUUCAAUCCACUUUUCCUGAGUUGAAAUUCAAGGUUUAUUACUUCGAUUCUAAUAUUGUUAAGAAUUUGAUUUCAACUUCUGUCAGACAAGCUUUGGAGCAACCGUUGAAUUAUGCGAGAAAUUAUCUUGCGGAUCUGUUAGAGAGUUGUGUUCAGAGAGUGAUUUACUUGGAUUCAGAUCUUGUUGUUGUUGAUGAUGUAGCGAAACUAUGGAGUACAGAUUUAGGUUUAAAAACGAUCGGAGCACCGGAAUAUUGUCACGCGAAUUUCACUAAGUAUUUCACGGCGAGGUUUUGGUCGGAGCCGUCGUUUGCGGCGACGUUUGAGAAACGGAAGGUUUGUUACUUUAAUACUGGUGUUAUGGUUAUGGAUCUGGUACGGUGGAGAAAAGAAGGGUACACGAAGAAGAUUGAAAAAUGGAUGGAGAUACAGAAAAGUGAAAGGAUCUAUGAACUUGGUUCAUUGCCACCGUAUUUGUUAGUAUUCGCCGGACACGUGGCGGGGAUCGAACACCGGUGGAAUCAACAUGGUUUGGGUGGUGAUAAUGUGAAGGGUAGUUGUAGAGAUUUGCAUGCUGGUCCGGUGAGUUUGUUACAUUGGUCAGGUAGUGGGAAGCCAUGGUUAAGACUUGAUUCAAGAAAUCCUUGUCCUCUUGAUGCACUUUGGGCACCGUUUGAUUUGUAUGGACAUGGAAAUAGCUAUGAAUCAUUAUAGAAAGAAAGAUACUCACUACGGUAAUUCAUUGGUUCAUGUUUCUCUGCUGUGUUAAAAGCUAAAUUUUCUCUCUGUACUCUUGAUUUCAUUGAAUUCUCUGAUUAUUUUGGUUAAUUUUUUUGUUCUUCUUAUGUGUUUAUGAGACUAUUAACCAGAUAGUAGUUACGGUAUAUUAGUCAUUAAUUUUCAGUACUUGUUCAUAUGAUAUAAACCCUUUUGUCAAGCAAUUGAUACUAAUUGUUUGUGCUUGUAUUCUAUUUAGUUUAAUUUGAUUGAUUUAAUUCCUGCACUGAAUAAGUUAGAUGAAACAAAGAAGAAGCUAGUUCUUCUGGGUUGUGAUUUCUUCAUGUAAUAAUGUAGCAGAAUUCUUAGGAGAUGGUGUUGGAAGUUUGUAAAGAUGGAAUUCGGUUAAGCUUAUCCAUAACAUGAAACAAAUAUUGUUUUUUUCUGAGUA